CCUACACCUUAACAAAGCACCUCCUCCAUAACCAUGAACUUGCACUUGUCGUGAUUGACUCUUAGGCUUGGGAUCUAACAUGUAAAAGCCAAACCUUUACUCCAGACCUCGGUUACUCCUUUUUUUUCCGCUUGCCCCUAAACUCGGCGAUAGUUGCGCGCAAACACCAUAAAGAUCCAUCAUGUCAACCUUCAACGGCCUGGUGGCCGAAUUUCCCGAUAUCAGAGUUGACUUCUUCCGCUCGCAUCCAGAUCUUCGACCUCCCUUGGCAUGCUUCUUGAGCCAUAUCCACAGCGACCAUCUCGCUGGUCUUGAGAGUCUCCGGUCACCAUUUGUCUACUGUUCCGCUGCUACGAGGGCGAUGCUGCUCCGCCUGGAGAGAUAUCCUUGUCGGAUCAACUAUGCCAAUGGCAUUCUCGAGGCACGCGUCCAGCGAUACCGCCAUCUCAAGAAUCUACUUAAACCGAUACCCCUUGACACGCCGACCGUCCUGGAGCUCGAGCCCGGAAACCAUCUUCAGGUCACGCUCUUCAAUGCCAACCACUGCCUCGGCGCCGUCAUGUUCUUAUUUGAGGGCCAGGGGAAGGCUGUCUUGUACACGGGAGACAUAAGGAGCGAGCCGUGGUUCGUGAAUGCAAUUGCGAGGUCUCCGCCUCUAGUUGAAUACACUACGGGUCUCAAGACUCUCGACACGAUCUACCUCGACACCUCCUUUGUUGACAACCUUGCGUUCCCCACCAAGUCCGAGGGGAUCAAGGAAUUGCUACAGAAGGUUUCGAGGUACCCGGCCGACACCAUCUUCCAUUUUCAGGCUUGGACAUACGGGUACGAAGACGUAUGGAUUGCUCUGUCAAAGGCCCUGGGAUCCAAGAUCCACGUCGACGACUACAAAAUGAGCAUGUAUCAUUCUCUCCUGACCGCGCACACCGGCGCGAAGUUUGCGCCCUGGUCACAUCUCGCGCCCGAAGGCCCUGCACUGGUAGGCUUCAUGUGCGGCAACACCCACCACGCUGGCUGCCUGACUCUGGACGAGAACGUCCGCAUCCACAGCUGUGAGAAAGGGAACUACUGCCGCACCGUGAAGGAAGCCCCGGUGGUGUGGAUCCGUCCCAUCAUUGCACGCCUUCCGGACGGCCACGAUGUCGCCGAGAUUGGGGUGGGCGGCGGCGGCGAUGACCUGGAGAGGGAAGCGGAGCUGGACUAUCUCGCGCCGGAUGAUGUCGAGUCUCUCCUUGACGCGCUCCGCGAUGUCGACGAUGUCCCGGACGAUGUGCGGGAGCAGGCUCGUCAGUUCCUGCGCAGCACUAUCGCCAACGGCCGGAAGGUUCAGCUUGAUCUGGAGCGAACCGUAUUUGGAGAAAACAACGAGGCAGACCUGACCGCCGGCUUGCGGGCGCUGGUCAGCAAGCUCAAGCUGGGCGGAAAACCGCCCGCGGGGAACAGCUCCGAGUCUGAUUCGCGCGCUUCUCCUAAUAAUGUCGUCACCUUCCCCUAUUCUCGCCAUUCUUCCUACCCCGAGCUUUGUGACCUUGUCAGAGCAUUCAAACCCAGAGAUGUGUGGCCUUGUACAGUCGAUGUUCCCAGAUGGCUGCGUGAAGAUAUUACGGUCGAUCGACUCUUCUCUGAGUAUUGCUCGGGAGACGAGUUUCGGCACGACAAGCUCAUGAGAGAGCGCUUCAAGGAUUACGAAGUGGCGAUGAUUGGACAACCGGACAGCCAGGUUACGGCUUCCUCCGCUGAUGAUGCUGCCCAUCUCGCACAUGGCUGCUCGGCGAACGAGCCCGGAUCGGCCCACAAUCAGCCUUUGACGUCAUUCGCAGACGGAGACCGCCUACCUCAGCCCCUGGGUUUCGCGGAGGUUGAUCCGAUGAGCCUCCAAGACUCACAGGACUCGACGAUCUCCGCCCUAGCGCUUGAAACUCGCGAACAAGCCUUUCAGGUGAUUUUGGAGAACGCAAAAGGCAGGGCCGGAGGGGUGGUUGGUUUAUUUUCAACAACAGACAAUCACUACACUCCGGAGGAGGAGCUGACCUAUGAAGGACCGUUGCGCUGA